AAAUCUUCGGUCUGCAGAUAAGGUUCUGCUCACCUUUUCGAAGCCUGAGUUGUUGAGUGCAACGAAUUGGACAUACUUUUUAAAAACUGUGAAAGAUGAACGUGCAAUAUGCGUUCACAUUAUGGAUAAUGCUGCUUGUAGGAGUUCAAGGAGCGCCGAAUCCAUGUAACCUUGGAGAAACUCGAAUCUGCAACCAAACGCAGUUUGAAACUUACAACGAGUGCGUGGAAGAAGUGAAAUUACUCAGAGUGAAGAGACAAAUGCUUUGUGAUCAAUCCGAUUCCAGUGAUAUCCAGGAAGAUCAACCCAUAAUCGUUGGGGCAAAUUCGGUAGAAGAAGAUGUAGUGAUGCCUAAGGUUCAGGUAAUUCCUGCCCUCGAAAGUGUGAUAUCCGUUGAUCCAAUCGAAUCUAAUGACAUACCGGAUCUCGAUCCGCCGAGUUUGGCACUGAAAUCAUUGAAUAGAAAGCUUAUUUUUCAAGCCAACGAUGAAGACGAAAACCUUGAGUUCAGUGUUCCCACCAACAUUACAACCGUGAUACGACUAACCAAUGUGGUAAACAACACUAAUGUGGUGAAUGUUCCGACGCAUGUGAAUACGACCAAUGUGAAUAACAUCCACAUUUACGCAAACAUAACCGAAGGUGACGCAUCAAUUUCACAGGAAGACAAAUGCUGUACUGCUGUGAGUCCAAAAAGUUGUCACGCUUCUACUAAAGGCAUCAAAUGUCACCACAAGAAAUUUCGCACAUGUGGUACUCAGUGCACUGCAGAUGUAAUUCACGUUCAACGGAGGAAACGAUGUGAUCCACAUGGGAACUGCCAAGAAAAAAUCGCCUACGUUCCACAGCCCGAAAAACCGACAUGCAUUUACGUCGAACAGUGGCCAUUUGUUGCUUGUGGAAAGCCGGCAAACAUGAAAGUUAUCUGUGAUGGAUGCUACGAUCAUUACGGCGAUCCUGGCGCCCAACACGGUCCGAUUGCUGAUCAGUGCAGAGGAUGUUACGAUGAUGGUUUCGAUUAUGGCCCACUGUAUCGCCGAGGACCGGUCCUGCGACAGUUCUACUACCACGAACCGCCUUGUUAUAUCACAGGAAAUUGUCCGAUGUCCUACGGAUCUGACUGUGGUUACGGAUGCUACGGACAUUCGAUGAUCGAUCCGGUAUGGGGACCACCAUCACCGUACGAUCCGAGCAUAGAUAACCAGAAUACUAUCUACUACGACGAAAAAGAUUUGCAGAUAAUAAACGACACCGAGGCCGACUGGGGAGUACCCGUGCACAAGUGUACCGUAGUUUCCGAGGAUAACACCAUUUCGGUGCAAAACUGUACAAAUACGGUCGACAAUCAGUACGCGGCUGCUCCACAAAACUAUCCUUACUACGAUGCCAUACCGUUCUCGUCACAGCCACAAACGCGGAAAUCAGCUUACAAAGUUAAACAAACUACUCAUAAACAAUCCGUAAUAGUAGAUUCUGACAUUGGCCCAUCGUCCGGGGAUGAUUCUUUCCCGAUCGGAUCAGAUGUGUCAUUUUUUGUCGAUGAAGAUAGCGAAGAUGACGGUUUUGAUUGACGGUUUAAAUAACUGUAUCUGUUGUGUUCGAUGUGAAAGGUUACUCAAGAAGUUCUCUAGGAAUUUUUAUUUUUUUUGUAUUACUAGGAUUUAAGCAACUAUUGUCCUCGUGGUGACAAUAAAAAUUGUGCACUCACUGCCGUUAAACACAGGUUACCACUGCCUUCCACGCAAACAUAAAUAAUAUCAUUUUACCAGUUGAGCUGCAUAAAA